AUGUCUCGCCAACUCUCACGGUGGGAAAGGAUCGAUGCUUUUGUUGGCUGGUUGUCCGUUGCCGCAGAAUUAGUGAAAGCUGCUGUUUCUGGACCAUUCCGUGGUCGCUCAGGAGCAGACACCUAUCGUCACCAUGUAAUCCAAGCGGUAGUUAAGAAACGCUCUCACAGGCAGCUAAUCAUCAAUAGCUUACUACAAGAUUUAGUCCGCUUCAACUGCAACAAUAGAUACUUGUUCAAAUCUCAGGACCAGAUUUAUGUGGAACACUGCCAAAAACAUGGAGACCAGCCACAUUUCGUUUCUACCAACCUUGGGGUAAAUGGAUUUUGGAUAGGAGAUCCUUCAGCCAAAUAUGUUGUCAUCCAAUUCCAUGGAGGCGGAUUUGCUAUGGACGCCACCGAACCACAUCUACAUUUCUGGCGGAAGAUUCAAUCACAACUUGCUGAUGCGGGGAUCACAACUACAUGGUUCCAUAGUAUGUAUACGCUCACUCCACACGAGGCAUACCCAAGUCAAAUUCGCGAAGCAGUUGAAACGCUGCGAUAUAUCAUGGAAGAUAUUGGACGAUUACCUGGAGAGGUCCUCAUUGCAGGAGACUCAGCUGGUGGCAAUCUCUGCUUGGCGAUCUUGUCGCAUUUGAAGCAUCGCUUAGAGGAUAUACCUGAGCUCAUUGUCAAUGAGCCUCUGAAGGGGGCAAUUCUUCUAUCCCCUUGGGUAUCGUUCAGCCAUGAUUGGCCAACUGCGAUGCUCAAUAAGGAUAAAGAUAUCGAUGCGCAAGAAGUCACGUCGCGGUGGUCUCAGUUAUAUCUAAACGGCCGAGCAUCGAACAAUUUCGUCGAGGCAGUCGAUGCAUCAGAGGAGUGGUGGGUUGAUAUUCAGGUGGAACAGACUUUGGUACUCGCUGGCGCUGAUGAGGUCCUAUUAGACCCGAUAAAAGCUUGGUUUUCAAAAUUCGAAACAUUCAACCCGAACAGUACUCUGGUAGUUGGUAAAAGUGAAUGUCAUGUUGCACCCCUUGUAUGGCCUUUGUUUGGUGAUUUCCAUGAGACUGAACAGGAGACCGCUCUGAAGCAUUGGUUAUUUCAGCGAUUGGGUUGA